AUGACUGAGGAAGAGGGAAAGAAGCGCACUGUUGAAGACGCAACGACAACUGUCAAUGUCGUCCAAAAGAAGCAACACCAAAAUAGAAAGCUGAAGAAUAAAAAGUAUAAAUCAAAGCCAAUUGAUCCCACAGCACCACUUGGUGUACUUCAAUAUGAAAUAGCCAAUCUCCUCAAGGAACACGAUCUCACAUCAGCACAGACUGAAAAUGACUUGAAGCUGAUUCUAAAUGACGAAUCUGUGGCCCAAAUAUACCACCGUACAGUUACAAAUGUUCCCAUCUUACAGCUUAGUAGUAAUGGAGAUGGGUUAGCACUCAUUGGUCAUCCCACAAACAUAGAGGGCAAGCAAGUGGUAGUGGUUCCAUUUGGAUUACCAGGGGAUGUUGUUACCAUCAAAGUAUUCAAAUCACAUCCAACUUAUGUUGAGUCUGAUCUAAUUAGCAUAGAAAAACCUUCCAAUAUUCGAGAUGAUUCUCGAAUUUCGUGUCGUUACUUUGGUUCUUGUUCUGGAUGUCAGUAUCAGGCAGUUGCAUACCUGGAACAACUUGAGUUGAAAAGACAAACCAUUAUAAAUGCUUAUAAUUAUUUUGCGUCUCAAUUGAAGCAACAAGACAAGUUACCAGAAGUUGACAAGACUCAAGGGUCUCCAUUGGAGUUGGGUUACAGAACCAAACUUACUCCCCAUUUCAACGUGCCCAAUAAGAAUAAAGAAAUAGAGGCAGAUUUCGUUCCAGCUCUUGGGUUUGGAGCCAAGGGAAGACCCACCUGGCGUAAAACCGAUGGAGGCUCCUAUUCCAUUUUGGAUAUCGAAGAGUGCAAUAUUGGAACUCAAAUCAUUAACAUAGGAAUGAAGAACGAGAGAAGUCGGUUCAAAGAAGAAUGGAAAAAGUAUAAGAAUGGAGCCACUAUUCUCCUUCGCGAAGACACUCACGUUUUGUCUGAUGACAACGACAACGAUAAACCAGAAAUAAUUGGAUCCAAAAAUGCUGAUGGAAAUGUCAGUCUGGUUGAAAUUGAAGUAGAUAAUGGUGACAAAUUGCUUAAAACAUGUGUGACUGAAUCCAGACAAAUCGUCAAAGAAUAUGUCAACGGGUACACCUUUGAGUUUAGCGCAGGGGAAUUCUUCCAGAAUAAUAAUUCCAUAUUACCACUUGUUACCAACUAUGUUAAAGAGAACCUUUCAUUGGAUGGUCUUAACUCAGGUUUGGAAACCUACUUGGUUGACGCAUACUGUGGAUCCGGAUUAUUUUCCAUCACUUGUUCCAAGAACGUUUCUCGGGUUAUUGGUGUUGAAGUGUCUGCAGAUUCAGUCAAGUUUGCUGAACGGAAUGCUGCCUCCAACAAAAUCCCCAAUUGUAAGUUUAUAGUGGGUAAAGCGGAGAAGAUCUUUGAGGACAUUGAUAUUCCUGCUUCUCAAACUGCAGUGAUCUUGGAUCCGCCUAGAAAGGGAUGUGAUGAAGUUUUCUUGAACCAAUUGGCUGCAUUCAAUCCAGUAAAGAUUGUGUACAUUAGUUGUAAUGUUCAUUCACAAGCUAGGGAUGUUGAAUGGUUCAUUAACAACACCACCAAUGGAUCUCAGUACCAAGUUGAAAGCAUAAAGGGGUUUGAUUUCUUCCCUCAGACACAUCACAUUGAGAGUGUUGCUGUGUUGAAGAGAGCUGUAUAA